CUAGCUAGUCCCGGAGAACAGAGGAGACGAUGCCGCUAGGAGGAGAAGGUGAUGGCUGCACGGAGCAGGACCCCCGGCCGGCGACCGGACACCAUAGCCGCGAUGAGGACGCCCCGUCUCGUUCGCCGUUGCUGCUCCCCGUUAUUGCUUCAGAGAAGAAAAGGAAGAAGGGGCACGAGCAGAAGCCCGUGGCGGACCUCCCCGACGACGUCCUCAUCGUGAUCCUGUCGCGGGUGCGCUACAGGUCACUCUGCCGCUUUAAGUGCGUGUCCAAGCAGUGGCUCGCCCUUUGCUCCGAACUUGACGUGUUGCACCGGAGGUCACCGCGGACCCUGUCUGGCCUCUACUACUUCGCCGACGACCGGGACGGCCUCAGCUUCCACGAUUUAACCACGGGUGGCCCCCCUGUGGUCGAUCCAGAUCUCUCUUUCUUGCGAGGGAGCUACCAACGUAUCACUGCCGAAGAAUGUUGUGGUAGCCUUCUCCUUUGUGCAUGUUGGAAACCAUACUCUCAACAAGACGAAUAUGAUUAUGUCGUGUGCAAUCCUGCGACCGAGAAGUGGACUGUGCUGCCUCCUAUGGAAUUCCCGGACGAAGCGGAUGGUCACCGUUUAAUCCGAGCCGAGCUGUAUCUAGCUUUGGAUGCAGUUAACCCCUCAAGCUUUGUGGUUGUUGAGACCGUCACAAAUUAUAUUCAUCAAAUCAGAGAACUGGCGGUCUACUCAUCAGAAACCGGACGAUGGACUUCCAUGAAAAGUGAGUGGGGUCCCAGAACUAUAGUGCCUGGUUAUGCCGAUUUCAUCUACCUCAACGGCACUGUGCAUUUCGGGACCCUUAAUUCUUCAAUAGUAACACUGCACAUAGAAGGGAGGAUUUGGAAGGAAAUUGAAAUGCCACACAUGGCAUGCUCCAUAGGACAGUCUCUGGGAUGCUUGCAUGCUUGGCAUCUUAAUAAUAGUCCUGAUUGCCAACUCUCAGUUUGGGUUCUUGAGGAUUAUGAUAGAGGAAACUGGACCCUAAAGCACACUGUUAAUGUUUUGGGACUGUUCGGAAGGCAUUGCCGCAAAGAUGAGACCAACGAGAUGAUGGCGAUUCAUCCAAAAUAUAAUUUGAUUUUCUUACUGAUGAGGAGAUUACAAUCUCAUACGACAUGGAUAAUCAGAAAGUGCAUGUUAUCAGCACUUCUAAAGAACACGAGUGUUGUGUGCCUUAUAUUCCCUGUUUUGCAAAAUGGCUUUCAGUUGGUCGCUGAAAGUGGCACUAGUGCCCUCAUGAAAAUCAUUUCUUGGGACUAAUCUUCUUGUUCUGUGGCACUACCUUGGGUAUGUAACAAAUCAUAUGUCAGUGAUGAAGGCGGUGACUAUGUUUAACAGAACUUAAUAUUUCUUUCUUUCUUUCUUUCUUUCUUUUUAUCUUAUUUUAGGGGAACAUAACUUUGUUUUCUUAUGGGGUGUACA